AUGCUCUUUAUAGCCUUUUACCUCAUCUAUGCAUUUUCUCACAUUUUUGAUGACUUAGUUGAAUUACCAGAGUCAGUUCUUCACUGUAUUAACAUCAUAAAGAAUAAGAGUAAAACUGCUGAAGAGCUCAUUCUUCAGGACUUAGAAGAUACUGAUGUUUUAAGCUACACUUAUGGAGCAGUUUCUAAUAAUCAUAUGCGCUUAAGGGUAGAAUUAUCACCUGAAUAUAAAGAAAACUCAGAUCAAUUAAUGAAGAUAUUAUCUGAAAUAGAAAAAGAAGAAUUUCUGAGAAGUAAAACCCACUGUGACCGUCCUAAUUCUGUUCCAGAGCCUGGUCCUUAUGAAGAUGUGGAUGAACAUAUUUUGCUAGAUGAUGGUGAAAUAAAUUUUGGAUACUGUGAAGUAGAAGAAAGAUGUAGGCAAUCUUUUGAGGCUUGGCAAGAUAAACAGAAAGAACUAGAAGACCAAGAGAAAGAAACUCUCAAAGCUCAGAGGGAUAGAGAAGAAAAGCAGUUUCAAGAAGAAGAAGAAAAGAGACAUUGCUGGUUGAAACAGUUUGAAGUUGAAAAGAAGAAAUUAGAGAAUAUUCAAAAGCAAGAACAGGCCAAGAUGAAUGAUGAACUCCUUGAAGAAGAGAAAAUGUGGAAAGAGAAAUUUAAACAACAUGAGGAGUUUAUUAGGAAUUUGCAUUUACAAAUGGAAGAAGAAAGAACAAGAUUUAAAGACCUGCAGGAAAAAGAAAAAAUGCGUUUAUUAAAAAUGCAGCAUAAUGCAGCUGUAAAAAUUCAAACUAAAUAUAGAGCAUUUGUGGCCUACCAAAAAUAUGGCCCAAUUAUAAAAGAACAAAUAGAAAAUAAGAAAAAAAAAGCACUAGAGUGGAAAGAAAAGGAAGCAAAAAUACGACAGAUGGAAGAAGAAAUACAAAAAAGAUUACAGGAGGAAAAAAGGAGAGAAGAAGAAAUACAAAGGCAGAUGCAAGAGGAAAGAAAAAAGAGAGAAAAAGAAUAUGAAGAAAAAAAGAACAUCCUGAGACAAGAAAAAGAGCAACUACUAAACAAGGAAAAAAUAAGAUUAAAAGAAGAUGGAAGGAAACAGCUAAUAAUAAGCAGAGCAUUAAAAAAGGUGGACCAUAAUGCUGCACAUUUAACUGUCGAAGAUAAAUCAAAGAAUAAGGAUGAAAUACCCAAAAUGCUAGGAGAGGAAAAGUCAAAGAAGUGGGAAGCUGCUCCCCUUUGGCUAGAUGAAAAGAUGAGUAAGAGAGAGACUAUAGAUAAACAGUUUGUACUGAAAGAAUCAAUACGAGUGCAAUUAAAAGAAUCUAUAUCAAACCAAGCAAUUUUGGCAGAAUUUAAAAUGGAAGGAAAAAAUGAAAACCAGGCAAAACAACAAUGUUCAGAGAAAUUGGUCAAGCAAGAAGGAAAAUAUGAAACCAUAGACCAAAAAACUGAAUUGGAAAACCCAGAUCUAAAGGAUCAUGUGAAAGAACAGUUUCAGCUGCAAGAAUUAAUCUGUCCAAUACAAAAAGAAGUAACCAUGAAGGCUGCCAUAAAUGAGAAUAUAAUACAAGAAACCCAAAUAAUAUUAGGACAUAAUCAAGAAAUUAAUGAGGUGAAAAACAAUGAGGCAGAGAAAAUAAUCAAAGAUAAUCAACAGAGUAAGACACAAAAAGUAGAAAAAGAAGAAAUAUCACAACAGAAUGGAACAUUAUAUGAAGCGGAUGACAGCUCAGUGAUUUCAACGAAACAAAAACUACUACCACUAACAUUAGAACAUUGUGAAUAUAUAGGUGAGAAUGUAAUACUUCAAGGAAAAGAAAUUGAUUUAAAAUCUGAAGAAACUAAGGAGAACCCAAAAGGCAAUGCUCUGAAUAGUGACGUAAUUAUUGAUGGCAGUGAUGCUCUGAUAAAUGUAGAAAGGAAAAUAAACAAGCAAAAUUAUGUUUUAGGUAGACAUGCUCCUUGUGAAGACUUGAAUGGCUAUAAUACAACAAACUCCUUGGUUCUUAAAGAAGUAAACUCUCUAAAGUCUCAGAUUAAAGAAAUUCCAGAAAAAUGUCAUGAAAAUAGAGCUGAAUGUGAGAGUGUUGUGACCUGCUCUGUACCAGAGCCAACACUUCUAUCUUCUAUUGAAGAAAAGAGGCAAGCUUGGAUAAAAUCUGUUAAAUCCUGGUCAGACAUUUUCAAGCAAAAUCAACAAAAGAAGAUUGUUAAGAGGAAGAGACUUGUGAAAUGUCCAGCCAACACGAUGCCCCCUUUGAAUACACUAGAAAUUCUUCAGUGUGGCCCAUGGAAUACUUUACAGCAGGUUACAAGAGUAACAUUUCAAGAUUUGCCAGGUUGUAGUCUUUCCACACUGGCAGAGUGUACAAAUCUUCAGUUUCUAUCUCUUCGACGCUGUGGAUUAAAUUCUUUGCACGGCCUGAAUAACUGCAAAAAACUGAAGUACAUUGAUGUACAGGAAAAUAAUAUUGAGACUAUCGACUGUGAAAAUUUGGAAAAUCUCUGUGUUGUUCUUCUUAAUAAAAAUAAACUAACUUCUUUGCAUGGUUUGGAUGGCUGCACUAAUAUCCAAGAUCUUGAACUUUCACAUAAUAAAAUCACUCGAAUUGGUGGUUUAGAAUCUUUAAAAAAUCUCCAGCAACUAAUUGUGGACAACAAUCAGUUAAUUAGUACAAAAGGCCUUUGUGAUACUCCUACCAUUAUCUACCUGGAUUGCUCACAUAAUCAUCUUACUAAAGUUGAGGGUAUUGAAAACUGUGGAUUGCUUCAAAUACUGAAGUUACAGGGAAAUUACCUAAGUGAGAUUCCAUCCUUGGAGAAUCAUGUUCUACUACGAGAAUUGUACUUGGAUGAUAACAGCAUUUCAAUUGUGGAAGCAUGUUCUUCAUAUUGGCUGCCUUUGCUACAAAACCUGACUCUGUCUCAAAACAGUUUGACAAAAAUCACACCACUUUUUCAUUUUGUUUCUCUGGAAAAACUGGAUGUCAGCAAUAAUUGCCUUUCUGAUCUUACAAGUACCCUAAAGUGUUUUGAUGCAUGCUAUUCUCUCCGUGAAUUGAAUAUCACUGGAAACCCACUUCUUCAAGAAAUAAACUGGAGGCAUUCUUUGCUUAAAAUAUUACCUGCUCUAAGAAUCCUCAAUGGUGAAACUCUAGACUCUUAUUCAAAAAGCCACAUUGAAGAACACUAUCAAUCAGAAUUAGGAUGUUUCCUGUUACUUUGUCAGUCCCAGGUUACAGAAUUCAACUUACUAAUUGAAAACUAUAUUAAUGGAAAAGGAAAUAUAUUCACCUUGGAUGCUGCAGAAAAUCUCUGUCAUCAUUUUAAGAAAUUAAUGGAACUUAGUAAUCAAUAUCGAUAUGCACAUGAACUUGGAGAUGUAGGUAUCACCAACAGAGGUGAAUCAGAAGCCCAGCAAAAUAAUUUGAUUCCUACAGACAGUGACAGCAUCCUGCAAAAUAGAAUCCUUCACUCUUAUGCAGACAAACAUAAACCUGACUCACCAGAUAUUUCUAAAAAACAGAUGGACUCUGGUUCUCAUCAUUCCCUUUUAACCAACUCCUUAUGUGAAGAUAUGGAAGGGAUGAAUCAGGAAAAAAUAAUAGAGCGGAAAAGAGAAGACAGCAAGGCAAGCGGUAUCCCCACCAAAAGAAUCCCAUUCAUGGAAACAGUGAUGACAAGCUACCUGCUGAAGAAUCACCCAAAUAUUGAAAAUUAUGAAGAAAUUAUGGCAGCUAAAGUAAUCCAGGCAUACUGGCGUGGUUACAUUGUGCGCAGAUGGAUUCAUUUAUCUACAAAACUGCGUACUGCUUCAUCAGGACUCCUGAGAUCCCAGCCAGAGUCCGGCAUCAAAAAUCAAACUAUUUUAAAGGAAGCAAAAAUACAAAACACUGUGAAUAUACAAGAACAGAUGGAAAAGGCUGCAAUUGUUAUUCAGGCGGUUUGGAAGGGCUUUUUUUUCCGAAAGAAACUGACAACAGCUCUAGAGGCUAUUAAGAAUGAAGAAUCUGAAGAAGAAUAUGAAGAAAUAGAUUUAGAGGAUUUUAAAUUUGACGAAGCUGCCUUAGAGAAAGAAUGGCUAGCUGUAGAUUCCGCCUGCUUCCCUUCACAAACACAGCUUCUACCAAACCAGCUGCACUGGCCAAAGUUUCCUGGAACCUUAAACUAUGAUGAUACUUCACUUAAUUUACCAAGUCGUCCAGCUCAAGCAUGGAUAUGUAAUGAGAAAGAAAAUUUAUUUUCAUCGGAACACACACAGUUCAGUGGCAGGUCAGAAAAUAGCACUUUAUCCCAGGCACCUGAAUCAAAGACCAGCAGAAAGGGUUUGCUAAAAUCUGAAAAAGAGGAAAAAAUUUCAGAAGAAUGGGGCUUUAAGGAUAUUUCUACCGCUCAGCAAAUGCUGAAGAGAGCACAGAAAAUGAAAUCAAAGAAAUUAAGGAAAAAAUUAGAUGCCACUGUGCGCCUAGCAUUAUUCAAAAACAAUGAAAAUAAAGUUUCUGCUACAAAAUCACCGAAGAAGCUACAACCCAGGAGACGUGGUUACUUUGAAGGUAAGGAAGAAGAAUUUAUCUGCAAGGAUACCAAGGCACAUGAAAAAUUAGAAAGGAGUAAAGAAUAUACGUAUCAGUGGCUUCACACACAGGUUGGAGUUCAUGAAACAACUAGUUCCAAAAAUUUGAAAUGCAAUCAUUUCUUGCCUGAGUUAGAUCCAGAUGUACUUAAUGGUGGAAGAGUUCAGCUUGUGGCAAGACUUGUAAGCAGAGAAGACACGGAUUUAGAGCUUUUUUCCAUGACCAGUGGAAGUGCUUUGUCUGUGAAGAAAGAAAAAAAAAAUCAGUCACACAGACAGUCAGAGGGAUCUUCAAGUUUUUCAAUUAAAGGAAUACUUGCACCAAUGAUAGCCAAUGCAGGACCUUCUAAGAAAGAACGGAUGUCAUUCCGUGACAAUCCUGUACAACUCAGUGGUGGAUGGGGAAGUGGCAAAAAGAAGGCGAAAACUUCAAACUAAUUCUUCAAGCUUCAGCAUGUGGCACUUUAUCUCUUUUGAAGAGCUCUAUGGAUAUUUGGUCAUGUUACCAAUUGGACACAAGGUUUUAUUACUCUAUUGUACUGUAUUUCAUUUGCAU